AUGAGCACCAUCAAAGGCCUCGGCGCACCAGAAACACUGUACGAUGGGUCAAAUCUGCGUGUCGCCAUUGUGCAUGCCCGGUGGAACAGAACCGUGAUAGACGCGCUCAUAGCAGGCGCCAUUGCGAAGCUCAAGGAACGCGGCGUGAAGGAGAGCAACAUCGUAGUGCAGUCUGUUCCAGGGAGCUACGAACUUCCUCUGGCAUGCUCGAAAGUGAUAUCUGGUUCUCACUUCCAAGCUGGUUCCACCGCCGCCGAUCUGCUUGGCGGAUUGAGCUUUGGAACGGACUCGCCCAAAGUCGCGUCUCGCUCUGGGACUCCGGCGCCCACGAAGACGGUCUCCAUGCCGAACGGUCCAUUCGAUGCUGUCAUUGCGAUCGGCGUGCUCAUCAAAGGCGCUACCAUGCAUUUUGAGUACAUCUGCGAGACUGUAUCCCAUGCACUUAUGAAAGUCCAGCUCGACACCGGCGUCCCCGUCAUAUUCGGUGUCUUGACUGCACUUACCGACGAUCAAGCCUUGGAGAGGGCUGGGUUAGGUCGAGGCGAAGAUAAAGGGCAUAACCAUGGCGAGGAUUGGGGACUAGCGGCAGUCGAGAUGGCCUCGCAGAUCAGACGCUGGAACGAGGGGAAAUUCUAA